UUGUUCUUCCACAGAUGGCGCACGCGUCCUCGUGAAUCUUUGCUACAUCCCGGACACGCUCUCAACUCUCUCUGACUGUCGAAGAGCCAUAAAGAAAAUCCAUAAUCAGCUGUCAUUUAGCAUGCCAGUCAAGGGAAAAAUCCCAUAUUUUUUCGUUUCGCCCUUCGUUCUCAAUUUUUUACCAUUUUCCGGCAAAAUAAGCCAAAUAUGGGCAUUCUGUGCGUGUAGAUCGUGUCUCGAGUGCACAAUUGAGUGAAUUUGGAGUGUUGCAGUCGCGCCUUGAGAGGCGGUUUUUGGGACUUUUCACUUUCAAAAUUCCACUUUUCUGGCCACAGAGAGCAGUGAAAAUUGGGAAAACCCCCCGUUUGCUGGCCAAGGAAGUCUGGGUUGUGCUGUGAGAGUGGCGGUCGUGCUUCUGGGGGCGCUAAAAAUAGAUAUUGCGUCGCAACCGUGAGCGGAAGUCGCGGACAAUGUCGCAGGCUGUCCAGAUGAUUCCCAGCGGGAUGUUCACGCUGAGGGCGCUCAUGACGCACUUCGACGCGAAGCUGUCCGCCGCGACGGACUGCAGCGGCUUCCCGCGCCAGAUCCUCGCCCUGGUGGAUCGCAGCAACGAGAUCCUGUUCCGCUUCGCGCGCACGCCCAAGGAUGAGCGCGACGUGGUGCUGAAGCUCCUCACGUGGUUCAAUGAGAAGGGCAAGGAGGUGCAGGAUAUCUGCUUCGACGUGACCGGGAAGUGGCUCCUCGUGCUAUGCGACGACAAUACUCUUCACGUGAUCCCGGCGCUGGCCAUCGUGAACAACAACCAGAUCUCCUCGUCCAUCUACAGCAACGAGCAGAUUACGUCGUACAUCAUCCCGUUCGUGGGGCCGCACGAGUGCCCCAAUCCCAGGACGUGUCCCAACAACUUCUAUCGCCCGCCGUCGCUCGAGCUGGAGUCUUCGCUGCGCCGCAUCGGCUCGGACGCUGAGGGCGAGAAGCUGACGCUGGACGAGCUGUACUCCAAGCAGCGCAUCGACAAGCUGCUCUCCACCUACUCCGCCUCCAGCACGUACACUGAGGACUCCCCGGAGGGCGAUUCGGAGGCGAGGCCGCAGCCGGCGGCGGAAGCCUCCUCGCCCUGUCCGUUCCCCACGGCCGUCGUGUGGUGGCAGACGAGCAAGUGCAAGAACAGGGCCAUCAUCGGCUACUCGGACGGAUCGAUAUUCAUCGUGUCACUCACGCCGAACUGCCCUCUUAUCGCCUACACAGCUGUGAGUGGCUGCAGCAUCGAGAAACUGCGCAUCUGCCACGACUCUUGCGGCGAGACCACGACUCUGCUGAUCCACACGACGAAGAAGUCGCAGUGGAAGCUUCUGCUGGAGCACAAGAAGAUCAACUUCACGUAUCCCGGCGAUCCACCGAGCCCGGAGGCUGAUGGGAAGGUGCAGGAGAGCGAAGAGGCUGUGGAAUCCGCGCCCGAGGGCAAUUCGAUUGACAGUGACUGGCAAAUUGUGAUAACAAAGACUGACGAUCUGGCGAUUUCUCCACCGGGCGUGCCAUCGAUCAGUGUCGACGCGGCGGACGAGGGUCAGCUGGAGGAGGCGCCGAAGACCGGAGGCGCUGACAUGGCAAUUCCGAAGCUCUUCCCGUCCGCCAUGGCGAAGUUGACGUCGCUGAAGAAUAUGGGCGCGAAGAAGAUCGGCGCGCUGAAGCAGAUCCUGUGCGAGGCGAAGAUGCGGAGCGCCGAGGCGGCCGGCAGGCCCAAAGAGGAGGCGCUGUCCUUCGAGAUCAUCGAGCCGCCGUGCAUCUCGCCGGAGAUCCUGACCAUGGAGACGGGGCCGCUGUACAUCGUGCAGGUUGUGGAGAAAGUGCCAUACUUGACUGCGCUGCAUCACGAGGUGAAGACGCUUUCCGUGCACACGAUGGACAUCAAUCUGCGACCAAUUCACAUCUACGAUGUCCCUGAGCACACGGAGAACAUCCUCCUGACCAGGAAUUUGGUGUUUGCCGUGCACAAAAUGACACCAGAGGCGGCGGAAGAUGCGAAAGAGGGAAGCGAGGCGAGCGAGAUGAUUCAUGCUUGUUCUGUUCUCAGUCGAGUGCACUCUGAAACGAAUCUCGAGGUGGACUCUAGAUACAGAGAGAAGUCCCUGGUUGUGCGCUUCCCGUUCACGUCUGAGAAGAUCCUCAAUAUUCAUCGCAUCGCGACGCUCGAGGGCACAGUUCUGUGCUCUCCGCUGCGCGAUCACACGCCGCCGCGGGAUGAGCAGCUGAAUGGCAUCAAUGUGAUGAACUACGUUAAAGUGCGCAGUCAGUAUGACAACAGCAAUGAGAUGGACGACGCCAAGAUGCUGCAGGCGGUCUUCCCGGCCGUGCACUACGAGAAGUGUCUCGUGGUGACGGACAAGAAUGUGUACUGGAUUGAACUGGCGGACAAGCCGGAGAAUAUCUUCCUGGCGUUCGCCAGUCAGGCGAUGUGGUCGCAGUGCGAAUUCUUCUGUGAUAUGUUCAAUAUUUCGUACACUCAGUGCAUCGAGUUCGUGGGCGAUGAGUUGCUGAAGCAGAAGAAGGUCACACAGGCGCUGAUCACGUACAACAUGGCCAGAAUUCCGCCGAUAAAGACGGCCAUGAAGCUGGCCAUGUGCGGAGAGAGUUACGCGCUUCUUCACCUGUGCGCCAUGGCUCUGAAGUCUGUCCAUCUGCUGAAGAGUCAGUAUCCGACCGGGCCUCACAUGGCGGCGAUUCUGAAGGAUGCGGAGCUUCGGAAUGUUCCACACAAGGUGACCUCUUCGGCGCCAAAGAGCAGCGGAACCAAAGAUCUCAAUUCGGGCGUGAGUUGCAGUGAUUUCAGCUACCAGAACGACGAGGUGUCGACGGAAUUGCAGAUGCCAAUGACUUCGCAGUUCCAUCUAUCCAAUCUCAUGUUCCUCACGCUGUGCGAGAAGACGCUGACGGACAAGAACUUCAUGCCACUGUGGAAUUUCAUUGGCAGCAACACGAAGUUUCACAUUCAGCUCUCCAGUGCCAUUCUGGCUCAGAGUGGCCUCUACUCUUCUGCCAUUCUCCUGGCGAAGACGCGAGGCUCUGUGCUGGAAGUGUACAACAAUCUCGUGGCGGCGAUUGCCCAGGAAUUCGGCACGGACAUCAAUUAUUUGCUGUACAACUUGUCUGACGAGAUGUUCAUGGAGUGCAUCACCUACUUACCCUCAAUCUCCAUUGACUACUUCGCCUCUGUCAAGCGCUCAGUUCAGCGAUUCAGCGUGUAUGUGCUGGAGAAGUUGGCCAUUCAGCUGAAUCCAUUCUCGCACGUCUUCCGGCCGAUUGUGUCGAAUCCCUCGAUCAGGGACAGAGACAUCGCCUGCGUGAUGCCCAACAACAUGGACAGCGUCUACGGGGGCUUCUAUCGGGGCCUCGUGGAGGCGUACAUUGCCGUGCUGAUAAGACUGCACGAAGUGAAGGGAUCGACGGAUCACAUCACAAAUGCACUCAGCAAUUUCUUCAUCAAUCACGAGGAGACGCAAUUUGGCGUGCGCAAGGACGAAACAGUGACACUCUCGGCGGGCUUCGCUCACAAUGUCAGUGUGAUUGAUGGAGCGGCGUACAUUUGGGGCUCACCAGCAAUUCCCUAUGCCAUCGACAUGGCUUUCAGUACAAACGAUGUGCACUCUCUGAAGAACUCACCGAGAACCAUUUCCUUCCUGUCUGAUCUCCAGAUUCGCGUUUAUUCGGCACAGUGUGGCCGCACGCACACGCUUCUCUACACAAAUAAUGGGCUGUACGCGAUGGGAGCCAAUCAUUUGGGACAGCUGGGCGUCGGAGCGCACAUGAGUCAGGCUCUGCAUCCGAUGCUCGUGCGCGCCUUCGAGGGGAAGGUCAUCACGAAGCUGGUCGCUGGACAGUAUCACAACGCCGCUCUGGCCGACGGGCGUCUGUACACGUGGGGAUGGGGCGUUUACGGGCAGUUGGGCCACGGCUCGAUUGCCGACGAACCGAUUCCCAGGGUUGUGGACUUCUUCAACGGGAAGAAAGUAGAGCAAAUAUCGCUCGGACACGCUCACACGCUCGUGCUUUGCCGUAGUGAGGAUGAAUCGGAAAAUGUUCUCUACGUGUUCGGAUCCAAUUACUUCGGGCAAUUGGGAGUGGGUCACGAUGUGACUGUACCGCGGCGGGCGUGCUCCACGGAGAAGAGCAGCUUCACGAAAUCCCUGGUGCCGAUUGAGUUGAGAUUGGGUGAAAAGAUAAGACUGAUUCACACAAAGUAUUUCUGCAGUUUCGCAGUCACGGAGGAGGACAGGCUGUACACUUGGGGAUCAUCGCCGCAGGCGCUGCGGCUGAUCAAUCAGGCGCGGAAGCGCGCCAAGGCGUCGCAGCGGGCGGAGAUGAUGAAGACCACCGAGGAGGAGAAGCCGAGCGAGGAGAAGGUGGAGGAGGAGAAGAAGGGAGUGCCGAUCAAGAGGCAGAACAGUGCGCCCAACAUCUCGUCGAUGGUCAGCGAGCCGUCGAUUGCGGUGAAGAGAGCGACUUAUCCGAGGCAGAAGAAUGCGCUGCUCGAGUCGCUGAACAUCCAGACGGACCGGCAGGAGCGCAAGGCGGAAGAGGAGGCGGCGAAGGAGGCGGCCAAGGAGGUGGAGGCCGGCCUAGAGGAGUGGACGGAGCAUCUGGUGCCGUCCGAAGUGGACGUGAGCCUGGUGAAUGGGCGCAUUGAUCAGAUAUCCAGCGGUUUGUACCACUUUGCGUUGCGCGUCGGCGGCGUCUUGUACACGUGGGGCAAGAAUCUGGAGAAGCAGCUGGGCAACGAGGGCAGUCGCGCGGACGUGCUGAUUCCCACGGAAGUGGAGACGGUGCAGAGUGUGGUGAGUGUGGAGUGCGGAGCGGAUUACACGCUCGUGCUCACUGUCAAUGGCAGGGUGAUGGCGUUUGGGAACAACAACCAGGGACAGUGCGGCAAAGACACCGAGCGCAGCGCUAUUCAGCCCAAGUGGGUGCGCCUGAAGAUCUCCAAGCGGCACAUUCGUUUGCCGGACGGCAGUCUGUGUGUGGACACGCCGUUCGAGGUGGCGCUGCCGCGGCCGAAGAUCUGCAUGGACGAGGCGGACGCGAUGGUGCGCCUGAAGAAUCUGCCCGCCUUCCAUCCCAAGUUCCUCAAGCGCAGUCCGGUGGUGCAUCGCUUGAUUGCCAACAUGAAGUCUGGCGUCACGACGGUGGACUCGAACUUGAAUGACUUCUGCACGACGGAGUCGAGUCUGGACGCCGCCUUCGGGCGUGCGUCCGUGUGGAGCGACGGCGGGAAUAGUGUGGAGAACUUCAUGGGAACCACGCCGACGGAGGCGUCCUCUGAGGAGUUUGUCUAUUCGCCGUCGGCGAGUGAGUGCGACUUCGUGCCGGACGCCGCAAACAGUGACUUCAUUCACUACUGCUUGUUCAUGUUCCACGGAAUUUACGAUGGCGAGAGCAUUGCACAAUUGUGCGCGCACAAGCAAUUCAUUGUGCGCCUGAAGAUGCUGAGCUACAAGUAUGUGGAGGCCUUCCGCAUGUGUCUGGGCGAGUGUGGCGAUGCCCAGAAGGCGAUACUGCUGUUUGAGCACUUCACCAAAGAUGAAAAUCUCAUUCCCAUUCACAUGGAGGACAUCAAGGUGUUCGUGCAGGAGAUCUUCGUGCGCUUCAUUGUGGCGAAGUGGGACGUGAAGCAGCUGGAGGAGUACUUCUUGGCCGAUCUUGACUUCUACAUCAUUCAGCUGGCCUACGUUCUCUUCUUCUGCAACAACAACACCGAACUGGAGCGAAGCGCCCUCAGCAAAUACAAGUUCUUCUUUGGCAAUCUCAAGACCAGCGAUUGUGAGAAGGUGGAGAAAUCCGAGUUGAUCUUUGAGAAUGUCUCGUCGGGCUUUAACAUAAUGGUUUGCCAAAGAUUGAUUGAACUCUACGAUAAGAUUGAGCAGAGUCACUAAACUUAUCAAAUUUUACCAUUUUUUGUUCCCUGUACAAAUAGCAAUGAUUUUUAUUAGUUGAUUUUAAAUGAAUUAGACGUGAUUGACAGUGUUUGGAGGUGACCAGAAAUGAUUUUAUGAAACUGUACUUACUCGUGCAGAGACUUUUGAGUUGUUUUUUAUUUAAUUCUGUUGCGUUUCUUGCACACUUGAAGUGUCUCAACUUUUUUCCUUGGAUUUGAUACCUUUGAUAUAAUGGCGUAUUUUUCUUCAGCAAUAUUUGAGGAUUAAGA